AUGGCUGGUUCGCUCCGUCGCAAGAAGCGCGCCAAGGCGGCGGCCGGGAAGAAGACGCAAAAAGUCGGCGUCACGACAAACUUCCAAACCGGUCGCGCGCGCGUCGAUCACGCCGUCGUGAGCCUGCCCGGCGCGCCGCGCGCGACCGAGCCCUGGAACGUGGACGCGACGCUGACGCGAAACUACGCGGCGAGCGGACUCGCGAGCGACGCGAACGUCGCGGGACGCGGCGGACGAAACGCGAUGGACGACCCGGGGGCGUCGGUGCGAGAGGCGGUGGCGACGCUGGCGACGUCGAACGGGGACGAGACGCGCGCGCUGCUGGGAGAGACGAAAACGAGCGGGUUCUCGGCGCCGAAGCGGUUGACGCCGAAACAAACGCGCGUGGUGGAGGCGCUGGUGAAAGCGCACGGAGAUGAUUUGAGCGCGAUGGUGAUGGAUAGGAAGAGGAACGCGAUGCAGCACUCGUCUGGGACGUUGAUGAAGAUGACGGAGUCGUAUCACUACUGGCGCGAGGAGGCGGCGUCGGCGGGGACGACCCGCGUCGAUUUUCGAGCGCCGAAGAAGUCUAAGCUUCGCGGACGCGUGUGA